ACCAUCAUGUCAUUGGCUAGUCCGACGAAUACUCAGCCAGCUGGGUGGUAUACUCAACAAUAGUGAGUUUCUACCUUUUUUGAUUGGCAAGCCAAAGAAAAAUGAGGGGAAGAGGGGGGAAAGUAAAGGCGGCCGCGCCGUUUUGGCCAUUCGGGUGGUGUUCGCUCUCUUCUUCUUCUUCUCUAUCACAUCACUAAGAAUAGAUCUUUGCUAACGGGCGGCGGCGUCGUUCAUCCAAUUCGAUCCUGUCCUAUUCUUUGCAUCGGCACUCCUGUCAAUCACCUGUACAUAUCCUUCCUCCUCCACCUUGACCCCGGCUGCUCGCUCAAUGGCCACUCCCUCCACUCCUCGCAGUGCUGGCGCUUUCCGAUCAUCUCGACUUCGAGCUCCCUCCCUCUUACCCCAGGCGAGAUUCACUGCGCUUCCCGUACAGCAGACCUUGGUCAUUGAUUCAGUGAGACGUGCAGGAGUCAACGGAGAGAACAAGGAGGAUGGAUCAACGACCAAACGAAGAGAGACCAUCUUUGGUCCAGAUGUAGGGGAAGACGAUGAACCUGGUUGGACCAAACCUGAAGAAGGGGCUAGAGUCGAUGUGGAUGUAGUCAAGGGAUGGGUGGAGAAGGCCAAAUCUGAAGAGGGUCUUCACUCAACCACCACUCUACAAGCCUUGGUCAAUCUGAAACGACCCACUCUCCUCCUUCAACAUCUCGAAGCCGAUCGACGAACGUCGAUUGACAGCCAUCCUGGCGGGGAAAUCACGUCAGCCAAUGAUUCACGGGUGUCCGUCGCCUCACCCGUUCCGACCUCGAAUCAACCUCUUCAACAACCUCUUCACGUGCUCAAAUUCAACUAUGAUGCCACGACGCCAUUGGUCAACAUCACCUUGUCCAUCUGUCCCGCUCCACCUCCUGCCAUCGAAUCGCCUGACGGCAAGUCCAUCCCUUCAUUGGCAGAAGAGGAACCUCGAGUCAUUUACACAGGGACCCAUCAAGGAGGUUUCAACCAAGUGUUUAAUCUGGCCCCUGAAUCAGCUCUGGAUCUCUCAUCCGCCAUCGCACCUGCUCCUGGAUCCCACGCCGAAUCGCAAAUCAGUCUAGAUAAGAACCUCGUCUCGGAUCCAACCCGAACAUCAACCGAUAUCGAAACGGGAAUGCAAACGAUCAGUCUCUCAGGCGCUGGUCAACCUGAUCUCGCGACUGUUCCCGAGGUGCCAAGCCAAGCGAACGGUAAUGCCAGAGAAAGGGCCAAUAGCUCAGGAAGGCGGUUUGGAUUGUUCGGCAGGAGAAACCGUCAGACUGAUCCAGAAACUGGCGGAAUCGAAAUGGAGAACAGGGAAGAUGAGAGAGCAGAGGAGAAUCAAGAUCUAGACAAGGGACUGAGAUUGUUGAUCCGUCUCGAAGGUGUCGGAGCAGAGGGUGCUCCGCUCAAGCGACGUAACGCUCAACUCACGCACAUUCUCAUUUCUGGCAUGUGGUCACCUGAUACUGCUUCCACCAAUCCGAUUGGUCAGCACAAGCAAGUAUGGGUCGUCAAGGUCGUCCGAAGAGAGGCUUUGAUUGGCGCCCACACAUUCCUCCUUAAAGAAAUUUAUGGUCUCUCUGCUACGCAUCAAUCAUCGACACCUGCGUCGUACCCUCCCUCUGGAACGGAUCAAGAUCCAUACAGCUCGACGCCUAACGAAUGUAUCGUCUGUCUGACAUCGCCUCGAGACGUCGUCCUCCUGCCUUGUCGUCACUUGGUCGUCUGUCGCGAGUGUGCUGUCGGGAUGGUUGAGUUUGGUGCUGGUGGAAAAGUUGCCAGACGAGAGGAAGCGCCUGCAGAUGGAGAUGCCGCGGGUGGUGAAGGGACAGGUACAGCUGGAGCUCCAGCUACCGGAGGUGGAUCGACCCAACCGCCUGUCGCUGGAGGAACGACUGCCACCGGUCGCGAGAGGAGAAAGAAGAAGGCGAAAGGAUGGUAUUGUCCCGUCUGCCGACAGCCCUAUACUUCACUCUUGCGUCUCGCGCUACCCGCUUCUGACAAGCCAGAGACUGGAGCAGAAUUGGCUAGGGCCCCCAGUCGAGCUCACUCGAUCCGGUCGGUCAGAACUACACAUACGAUCCCUCCCACGCUUCCUGCAGGCGCAGAGGCCAUGUUGGAGAAGCUUCGACCGAGUGAUGCACAGGACGACGACGAGGAGGAUGGAGACGAGCAUCACGGCGAGGGAUCUCGACCUCAAUUCGUCGUCGGAGAGGACGAAGACAAGGCUAUCGUGGGACAUGAGGAGAAUGUUGCAGAGUUGAGAAAGUCGGAGGAGAAUAAAGGGUGGAAGGAGCACAGCGCGGUAUGAUGAGAGCGGCCGACUUUGUCUCAAAUAUCUUCAUUUCACCCUCACACCCUCGUCUCCAUUUUUCACGCUUCUUAUUCUGGAUAGGUAUCGUCAAUUGGGUUGUACGUUUCAGUAAGAUGCAGUUGUGUUGAAUCAAUAUGGGCACGAGCUGAACAUGAUUUCA